GGUAACAGGUUGCAGUUCCAGCAGCGUCACAAUGAAACUGUCGCAGCUGAGGUGAUUUGCGUGGGAGUUCUUCUUUUCCCGUGAACUUUGAUGGAUGUUUGUGGAAACAUUUGAAGUUUCUUCACCGUACGACGAGGAGCAGGAAGAGGGAGGAUUUUCGGGAGAAAAGAGGAUGAGCACACGGCCUUCAGGACAGAAGACCCCGGUGGACCACGGUGUCCAGAUCCGCUUCAUUAAUGAUCUCGGUGACAGAGGCGGGGGGCAGCCAUUAUCCCAGCCUGCGCUGAAGCCUCAGUCCAAAUAUGGCGUAGCGGUCCGGGUGCAGGGUAUCGAUGGCCAGCCGUACGUCGUCCUGAAGAACGGACAGAAGGGGGACUCUUACGGGGUCCAGCUCAGGACCGACUAUGCCACCAGCUACCGCAGCCUUCCCAGGAGGAAAGACCAGGCAGAUCCAGGGAGCCAGGGGGAAGAUGGAAGUGUGGAGCAGGGAGGGGGGCUACGCCGGGCUCAGUCCCACGGCUCACUACUAGACAGGGAUGGAGGGGGCCAUGAGGAUUUCCAGCUUUCUAGACCACCUGGGGAUGGAAAGUCUGGGAGCUACGGGAAUCUGGACGGAGGAGUUGGAGUCAGGAGAGACAGGGAGGACACGUGGGGUGGUAGAGAGGGGAGGGUGGACAGCAACAUGUGGGGGGGUUCAUACCAGGCAGGGCUGAACAGGUCUUUGGGGUCAGUGAGGGACCCGGACCCUCCUCAACAAACAAACGAGCUCCGCUCCAAUCAAAGGCUGACUUCAGUCGACAGGCUCAGGAACAGGUUUGACGGCGCCACACCUGGAGGUCAGCAGAGAGGACCGCCCCCAGCACCUCAGCAGCCCAGAGCUCCGUCUCCUCACGUCGCGCCCAAACCCUACACCUCACCUCCAUCUUCAACCUACAGCAGCUCCAGACCAGGCCAGGCUCCGCUCCAAGCUCCCAAACACUCGGCCAAUCAGUGGACGCCUAAAGAACCGCUGCAGGUGGAUCUGAUCGACCCACAGGUUCAGAGUUCUGAGACCAGCAUCGAGGAGGAGCAGCUCCUGAAGACUGUGUACAACAUCCUGAGACAAGGGUCCAGUGAAAGUGACGUUGUCAUCAGGCACAAAGUUAAAACCAUCUUUCAGAAGAUUCAGAGCAUAAUGCCUAAUGAAAGCCCCCGUGAAGACUGGGUCAGAGACAAAAAGGAGCUUCAGACAAAGGUGGCUCAACUUCAAACUGCCCUGCAGGAGGAGAGGAGGAGGGAGUCUGUUAGCAGCUCUGACCCUGUGCUGAAAGCUGAGCUGGAGUCCUGUCUGGAUGAAAAUCUGCAACUCCAGGAGACGCUGGAUCGGAAGAAGAGAGAAUUAAAUGAAACACAAUCAGAGCUGACCCAGCUGAGGAUGGACAGAGGCAACGCUGAAACACGAGUCAGAGAGUUGGAGGACCAGCUGGCUGAGCUUCAGGAGGAACUGAGAAGAGAAAGUGACGGCAGAACGGAUCUGCUGUCCUGUCAGGCCCAGCUGAUGGACGUUCACCAGCUGAAACAGAAGCUGGAGGAAACGUUGAGACAAAGAGAGAGAGAGCUCACGGCUUUGAAAGGCGCUCUGAAGGAAGAGGUGGCAACACACGACCGAGAGAUCGAAGUGCUGCGAGAGCAGUACAGAACGGACAUGGAGAAGCUGCGCAGCAGCAUGGAGCAGGUGUCUCAGUCUCACGCAGGCAUCGAGGCGGAGCGGCUGCGCGUGAACUCGACGGUUCGCUCCCUGCAGCAGCAGCUGGAGGACUGCAGAGACGAGAGCAGCCACUGGAUGGAGCAGUUCCACGCCACCAGAGACGAGCUGCGCUCCACCAAACAAGAAGAGCCACCCAGCAUCCCUGAAACACAGCUUCUGCAGAUCCGCCUGGAGAAGGACGAGUGUGAGGAUGAGCUGAAGGAGCUGAAGGAGAAAAUCAGCUCCAUGAAACAGCAGAAACCAGACACGAGUCACACAGAAACUCUCAACCAGGAGCUCCAGCGAAGCGGUGCUGAUCUGCUGAAGCUCAGGUCUGAGCUGGAGAAGCAGAGGACAGAGUUUGACAAGAAGGUCAUGGAGGUGAUCGCCAUCAAAAAGUCCCACCAGAACCAGGAGGCUGAGCUGAAGUAUGAGAUCGACCGGCUGAAGGACCAGCUGCAGAAAGCUAAAGAGGACUACGUGAAGGCCCAGGAGAAAACUAAACAGCUCCCCAGUCCAGCAGCCGUCUCAGAGCUGGAGCAGAAACUGUGCGAGGCGCAGCGUGAGGCCAAUCAGGUCAAAGAGAAACACUCUGCCACUGAAGAGGAGCUGGAAGUGACUCGACUCCGCCUGAGCAAAGCUCAGCUGGAGGCUAACGCUCUGCAGGAAGCUCACACAGAGCAGGAGGCCACCAGCGCUCGUCUCAAAGACAAACUCUCCAGAUUAGAGGCUCAGCUGCAGAGCAGCGCCACAGAGAGCUCCGAGGCAGAGCUGGCCCUUCACUCUGAGCUCCGAGCUCUGAGGUCUGAGCUCGAUGAGGCCAAGAGGAAAGCUUCCAGACUGAGCCAGGAGCACGGAGACGUCAGCCUGCGUCUGGAAGCUGCAGAGAAGGACAAGGAGGAGCUCAAACACACCAUCAGCCAGCUGGAGGAGAGCAGACGGCUGCAGGACAGAGCGCUGGACAAGCACAGCAAAGAGCUGAAGGAGAUGAGGAAUCGUGUCGCUGACAUGGAGACUCACUCUCGAUCAUCAACAGGAGUCUCCCAGCUGGAAACUAAGAUCCAGGAGCUGGAGGAACGUCUGAGGAUGGAGGAAAGAGAGAAGAACUCGGUGCUGGCCUCACAGCGUCGUCUGGAGAGGAAACUGAAGGAACUGAACAUGACGCUGGACGAGGAGAGGCAUGCACACACUGAACAGAGAGACCAGCUGACUCUCAGGGUGAAGGCUCUGAAGAGGCAGGUGGACGAGAGCGAGACAGAGCUGGAGAGGAUCGAGGCUCUCAGGAGGAAGGCCCAGAGAGACAUGGAGGAACAGGUGGAGCUCAGAGAAGCCCUGCAGUCCAGAGUCAGCGCUCUGGAGACCGAGCUCAAGAGGAAGACUCAGGCAGCGAUGCGUCCAGUUUUAGACUCUUCAGCCCUGAGCUCAGACGAUGAUGAUGAUGAUGACAGCCUGUACGACCCCUCCACCAUCACCUCCAUCCUCACUGAGAGCAACCUCCAGACCAGCUCCUGUUAGGGGGGCACUUCAGGGGCGGGAUGAGAGCAGGAAAUCACAGCACUGCCUGACAUAAAAACACAGCACUACAAAGAGAAAAGGAUUGUAUUUAAAGUGGGGGCGGAGCCAGAGGACAGUGUUGGUAUGCAGUGCACACAAUGAGACAGGGCCUCAGGAGACCAGGGAACUAAAGCACACAUUGUUGAGUUUAACAGGAGGGAUCGUUCCCACAUCAGAACCAACGUGAAAACAAAACAUCCUUUGAGUUUAAAGGAAUUCCCAUCAGUCUUUUUACUCUCUGCUCGUGCACAAAACCAGGUACAGUUUGAGGUGCAGCAGAUAAACGCAGCUGAUGAAGAUGAAGUCACUGGUAAAUCUGGUACGAAUUCAGUGUCGAAGCAUUUCAGACCUGACACUCUUUCUGUAUUCUUAAAGCAUUUGUCACUUUGAAUUGACUCAGCUGUAGAUUAUAUCUCCUCCACCCUGACAGGAUUAUGAGCUUUUUAUUGUGAUCACGAUGUAAAAACAACACAAAUCAAAAUGAUGCAUUUCUGCCAGAAAACCACCAAACAUGGACGUCUGCUGCCAACUUUUCCUUCAGAAUGAUGGUUUCAAACCCUCAGUUUGGUUCCAUAAAUAAACAAAAUGAUUAUAAUUAGAGUUAGGUGAUAUUUUCUAAACCAGAGGUUCUCAAACUGGGCUCCCUGGACCCCCAGGGGUCCGCGAGAGGUAUCUUGGGGGUCCUCAAAAA